UCUCUCUCUCUACGUAUAAUAAUACUAGUAUUGUAUCUCUGAUUGUUAAAACCCUAGCUUGCUCAGUUUGUUACUGGAUUGUAUUUUUUCUUUUUCUUUUUUAAUCGGAUUCAUAACUCACAUUAUCGUUUUAAUUCAGCUUCUUUAUCGCAUAAUUUGCUUCUAAUUUUAAUCUCUCCUUUUUUUUUUCUUUUCUUUUUUACGAAUUUUCACGAAUAAAAUAAUGAAAUUACUAAACAAUAAACACUACUCUCUUCAUUGCUUUUUUUCGAUUUUUGAUUUUUGAUUUUUUUUUGAAAAUUUUCUGUUGUUAAAAAUUAUAAUUUUCAUGAAUGGGAUUGGGAAUUUUGUAUUUGAAAGCUGAAACCCUAGGUAGGUUUGUGAUUACUUGAUCAAUUAAUAGCUAAAUCAUUCCUUUCUAAAUUUUGAGUAUUAGGUGCAAAUGGUUGCUAAUUAAUUCAUUUGAAGUACUGCCUUUUUCUAAGUAUUAAUUAAGUUUGAAUCAUUAAUGUGAAUUUUGCAUGUCUCAAAAUUUUAGAAUGCAUAUAUAGUGGAUUUUGUACUUCUGUAUCCAAAAUUUGAAUACUUUGUUACUGAAAAAUUAUACGCCCAACAUGGCAAAUAUUUAGUACAAUUUUUAUGAGUCAUAUUUAUUAUGUUGUUGUAUAGUACAUUGUUUGUGUGAAACUUUUUGGACAUCGCUUCUAGCUCAAAUAACAUCUCAUCUCCUUGAAGGGAAAAGUCGAUGGAUGGUGAGAUUGUGGGUUCAAAAAUGCCUGAGGAAAAUGCAAACACAACUGAUCGUGAAACUGAAGCAUUUGCUGAGGUUGAUCCCACUGGACGGUUUGGGAGGUACAAUGAUCUUCUAGGCUCUGGCGCUGUGAAGAAGGUUUACAGGGCUUUUGAUCAGGAGGAAGGUAUAGAGGUGGCCUGGAAUCAGGUCAGGUUGAGGAAAUUCAGUGACGAUCCAGUGCUUAUCAAUCGGCUUCUCUCUGAGGUUAAGCUGUUGAGGACAUUGAAAAACAAAUACAUCAUUGUUUGUUACAGUGUAUGGAAGGAUGAUGAACGUAACACGUUGAAUUUCAUUACUGAGGUGUGCACAUCGGGAAAUUUGAGGGAUUACAGGAAGAGGCAUCGCCAUGUUUCCAUGAAGGCCUUGAAGAAGUGGUCAAAGCAGGUGCUUGUGGGAUUGGAGUAUCUGCAUACCCAUGAGCCAUGUAUUAUUCACCGAGAUCUUAAUUGCAGUAACAUCUUUAUCAAUGGAAACAUUGGCCAGGUGAAAAUCGGUGAUCUGGGAUUUGCGGCAAUUGUAGGAAAGAGCCAUGCAGCACAUUCAAUUUUAGGGACACCAGAGUACAUGGCACCAGAGCUGUAUGAGGAAGACUACACUGAGAUGGUUGACAUAUACUCCUUUGGCAUGUGCUUGCUUGAGAUGGUGACAAUGGAGAUCCCAUACAGCGAAUGUGAUAGUGUCGCCAAGAUAUACAAGAAGGUGACGACUGGAGUGAAGCCCCAAGCUUUGAACAAGGAGAUGGAUCCGGAAGUGAAGGCGUUCAUUGAGAAGUGCCUAGCCCAGCCAAGGGCAAGACCUUCAGCCUCUGAUCUUCUCAAAGACCCCUUCUUUUCUGAAGUCAGUGAUGAAGAGACUGAGCCAACUGGUUGAUGACUUCUUGAGCGAACAAUAUGCUUAGAGGUAACCAUUAACAUAGAACUAUCCAUAACUAUUUCUCUUCUAGAUUUGUUGUCACUAAAACCUAUUGUGUACAUAAGUAAUAAACUGAAGCAAUAAUAUUAGACCUGUCUAGUCUAGUUUGUUUGUUGAUCAGAAUAAUUAGAUUCUUUUGUAAUCAAUCAAUACUAGAUAAUGUCUCUAAUUGGUUUUUCUUAAGGGUAUCGUAU